AUGCCAAAAUCAAGUGCUGCCAAAAAGAGGAAAGUAUUUACUCUUGAAGAUAAGAAGAGCAUUAUUGAGAGACUGCAGAAUGGUGAAAGGCAGAUUGACUUGGCCAGUGAAUUUGGCAUAGCCAAGAGCACCAUAGGCACAAUAUGGCCUUCUGCUGGUGAUGAUGAAAAAUUGGUCCUCAAGUCAACUGUGAUCAAGGAGACUCUCACCAAGUGGAACGAAGUCCAAACCAUCUUCAAAGAACAACAUCCCAACAAUAUUCAAGUUCAACAAGCUUUGGAUGUUCUGGACUCUGUUUGUGGAAGGCAUUUAACUGCAAUUCUUAAAAGUAGGGAGAAGCAAUCAACCAUAAAAAGCUUCUUCUCUCCUGACAAAGCUGUGCCAUCAAUGGACCAAGCUGGGCCAUCAGGUCACAAAUCUCAGCCCUGCAAGAGGGCAAAUGACUCAAAAACGAAUCGUCAAGGUGCUGCUGGUGUUUCCCGUGUCAAUGUCACGAGCAAAAUCGUCGGUGGAGAAAUUGCAUCCCAGGGACAAUUCCCGUAUCAAGUUUCUCUACAGACGAUUAAAAAUCGGCAACAUUUCUGCGGAGGAGCGAUUUACAACGAAAACUUUGUCGUAACUGCAGCGCAUUGUUGCGGACAGAAAGCGUCACUUUUCGUCGUCGUUGCCGGUGCAACGGAUCUCGACAAGGAUAUUUUGACAACUGCGCAAGUGAUUCCGGUUCGACGCAGGAUCAAACAUCCAAAAUAUUUGUAA